AGGUGGUAAAAUUGAAAAAAAAAAAAGGUGAUAGUGGGUAAAACAGCGUAAAAAUAAAAAAUCCUAAAUGUUGUGCAUUUAACAAACCUGAUUGUCAAAUGGUGUAGAUUAAAUUGACAGUCAUACACUUGUGGUUUCUCUCCGGGGACUGGCGACAUCUGGUUUUGGGCGGCGUCAAGCAACUGUAACAUCUUCUCUGUUUACUCUAGUUUAAUUGUGGGCAGAGGUGGUUUUGUGGCGUGGUGGAGACGAAGGACAAUAUGACAAAACCACAGAAACACCUUCGUGGACGUGCUUUUGAAUCAUGGAACCAAUACUUACUUUGGCUUUUGUGGUUUUGCUCUAUGAUAUGCUCCACAAUCUAUUUACUUUACAAUAAUAGUCAAAUGGUGAAUAUGUAGUUGUAUGAGCUUAUUCGGUCUUAUUUGCUGUAGUAAAUUUAUGCCUUUAGAUUAAGUGUGUGUAUUAGGAUCUAUUGUUAUUAUACAUUGCUUUUCUUUUUCGGUAUGUAAUAUUCUUUGACUUGGCUUUCAGAAGGGAAGGAGAACAAAAAUUAAUGCCGAAUCUGAAUGAUGAAGUGAGGGAAAUACUAGCAGAAUUUAUGGUGGGAGUUAUAAAGUUGGAGGAAUUGGUGGAAGUUGGUAGGCGGUUUCUUAUUAGAUUUCGGCAGGGACUUGAGUUUCUCUGCCAGCCCUCGAUAUAUGAAUCAUCAGAGCUUGUAAAGAGCAUCAUCAAAGGGAAUGAAACCAAGAGGAUUCACUCGUACGUUGAAGCUGGUUGUAUCAAUGCUUCUGAUAGCACGCAAAGGGUCAUUCAGAUGAAUACAAGCUUGUGUGACCUUCAGGAUUGUUUAGCCAAGGCCAAAGGCAUUCUCAACAAUCUUGAAAAUCUUGUGGUUACGGCAGGGAAUGCUUUAUGUAUGAACUCAGACGACAAGCUAGAGACAGAGUUCCAAGGUGCAGAAAAAGAAGCUCCUGAAAAGCUUGAUGCAGCUCAUUAUGCUUCCUUUAUGGCAGUCAUCUAUAGCAUGGUAAAGCAAGAUUAUAUGAUGCAAGAAAGGAUUGUUUCGUCAUUGAAUUUUAAAUCAUCGAGUGGUGAAUUGGAGAGCUACUGUCUAAUGUGGAACUUAAGGCCGUUUAUAAAUGAUGAUGUUAUACAACAAGCUUUGAAAUAGGUUAGAUGAUUUGGUUUUGAUGUCCUGUCUUUACCUAUGAGAUUCACAAUUGAUGAUUCAACACCUAAUUAUAUAUAUGUAUAUAUUCGGCUUCUUGA